ACCCCACUGUUUGUAGGGUUGGAUUUAUUUGAAGAUCCUGCUGCUGCUGACUUGAGUUACCUUGAGAUUUAGGCGUUUUAUUUGUUUGAACUUUGUUUACCCUUCUAAUUUAUUUCUCUAUUCAAUGUUUCAAAAACAAACCAGAAGAUGACGUGUCUCUCUCGAACCUCCACGUCAUCAGUCGGACUCAACACCCUUCUCUCAAAUAUAGUUAACCCGACCACCAAACCCAGAUUCAAAUCCGCUCUAACAUGAAACCAUGCCCCCACUCUAUCCCCCUCCGCUCGGCAGCCAUCAAACAACAAAACAAAACAAAUAAUUAAUUAAUUAAUGUAAAAACAUAAUAUAAAUAGAAAAAAAACAAUGGCGUCUCGUUUUCGCUCAUAGCAAAAGAAAGAAAGAAACUUUCUUUUUUCUUUUUUGGGUCUUCGAACGGAGAAAGAGAGAAAUGGAAGGAGGAGGAGCUCAGUAUAAUCCUCGCACAGUUGAAGAAGUUUUUAGGGAUUUCAAAGGACGAAGAGCUGGCAUGAUCAAAGCUCUCACCACAGAUGUUGAAGAAUUUUAUCAGCAGUGUGAUCCUGAGAAAGAGAACCUGUGUUUGUAUGGCUUCCCAAGUGAACAAUGGGAAGUCAAUUUACCUGCUGAAGAGGUCCCUCCAGAACUACCAGAGCCUGCCUUGGGUAUUAACUUUGCAAGAGAUGGCAUGCAAGAAAAGGAUUGGCUAUCUUUAGUUGCUGUCCACAGCGACGCAUGGCUACUUUCUGUUGCCUUCUAUUUUGGUGCAAGAUUUGGAUUUGAUAAAGCUGACAGGAAACGGCUUUUCAACAUGAUUAAUGAUCUUCCAACAAUAUUUGAAGUUGUAACCGGUGGUGUUGCCAAGAAACAAACAAAAGAGAAGUCAUUGGUUUCAAAUCAUAGUAGCAACAAAUCAAAAUCCAACUCAAAAGCGGCGAAGCAUUCAAAAGCAUCACAGCCGAAAGACGAAGAGCAAGGGUUGGACGAGGAAGACGAAGACGAGCAUGGAGAGACCUUGUGUGGGGCUUGUGGUGAGAACUAUGCGUCAGAUGAGUUCUGGAUUUGUUGUGAUGCAUGUGAGAAGUGGUUCCAUGGGAAGUGUGUGAAGAUCACUCCAGCUAGAGCCGAGCACAUUAAGCAGUACAAAUGCCCGUCGUGCAGCAACAAGAGAGCUCGCCCUUGAUGAUGUCGUAAAAAUGUACUCUCUCUCUCUCUCUGUCUAUUUGUACUUUUAGUCUUGGUGUAGUCUGCUAACUGUGGUAUUAGUUUGUGUCUUGUAUGAAUUAGAAUAGUGCAGCAUAUGAAUUGGUGGCUUUGGUUGAUGGUAGGAAAUCUGUGUUUUCAAAUGCUAUUUAUUGUAGUUCAGUGUAUGAUUAAAUUCCCUUGUGAAGCAUUGGGAAAUAUCUUUAUUUUGAGUAGGGAAUUGAAUUUGAAA